AUGAUGAUGAUCCCACUCCUCAGAAAUCGCGGUUGCAAAUCAAUUGCUUCAUGCUUGACUUUAAACCGCCCACCCAAUUCACCAAAACCUCAACCUUUUGGCCCAAUUCGACAACAGCCAUACUCAGAUGAGCCAAAAGUACCAGCUGCUUCCAUCGACUCAGGGUCUUCAAUCCGAAAGCCGAUCAGCUUAUGGCCCGGAAUGUACCACUCCCCCGUCACAAACGCUCUUUGGGAAGCCAGGUCUAACAUUUUUGACAAACCAGGGGACAGUGGCUCCACUACUCCCCAGACUGAAUUGCUCACCAGAACUCCCGCGCAGAGCCGCACUAGUAUUCUUUACCAGUUUUCCACUGAUUUCAAACUCAGAGAGCAAUACCGGAAUCCCUGGAAUGGCGUUAGAAUCGGCAAGUUGCUUGAGGAUCUCGAUGCUCUUGCUGGCACCAUUGCAUACAAGCACUGCUGCAAUGAAGAUGGCACAACAAGGCCUCUACUCUUGGUGACUGCUUCUGUUGACAAGAUGGUGCUUAAGAAGUCAAUUCGUGAUGACAUUGAUUUGAAUCUAGUUGGUGCUGUUGCUUGGGUUGGCAAGUCAUCCAUGGAGAUUCAACUUGAAGUCAAUCAAUCCACGGAUGGAACUGCGGCUUCAUCGGACUCGGUUGCUCUUAUAGCUAACUUCACAUUUGUGGCCCGUGAUUCCAAGACUGGCUAGUCAGCUCCUGUUAACCAAAUCACACCCGAGAUUGAGAAAGAAAAGUUGCUAUGGGAAGCAGCAGAUAAGAGGAAUUUAAUGAGGAAAAAGAUGAGAGGAGAACAUAAAAUAGAUGUUGAGGAUAAGGACAAAGACAGACUCAAUGCCUUGUUAGCUGAAGGUCGAAUCUUCUGUGAUAUGCCGGCACUGGCAGACCGAGAUAGCAUUCUUAUCAGGGAUACUUGCCUCCAGAACUCUUUUAUUUGCCAGCCACAACAAAGGAACAUCCAUGGUCGGAUCUUUGGAGGAUUUCUAAUGCGAAGAGCAUUUGAACUCGCAUUUGCAACAACUUAUGCUUUUGCUGGUGCAGCACCAAACUUCUUAGAAGUCGAUCAUGUUGAUUUCGUUAGACCUGUGGAUGUAGGUAAUUUCCUCCGUUUUAAGUCUUGUGUUCUAUAUACGGAACUUGAGAAUCCUUCUGAACCUCUGAUAAAUGUGGAAGUUGUUGCUCAUGUUACACAGCCUGAGCUCAGGUCCAGUGAGGUAUCCAACAAAUUCUACUUCACAUUUUCAAUCCAUCCCGAGGCUGUAAAAGAUGGUGUCCGGAUCCGAAAUGUUGUUCCCGCUACAGAAGAAGCACUGCGCGUGGUUGAACGUAUGGAUGCAGAGAAUUCACACAUUGCUGCAUCAUAAAUAUGCAAGGAAGGCAAGCAAAUAGUGAAAUUCA